AUGGAAAAGAAAACUGGAAAGAAAGUAGAACAGGAAACUAGAGUAGAACAAGCNUAUAUCCCUCCAGAGUACAGUCAAGCAUGGAUAGCCACUUUGAGAGGGGAUGUGUACAGUUUUGGAGUUGUUAUGCUUGAGCUUCUCACCGGGAAGAGACCCGUGGAGGUAUUUAAGACAAAGAUGUCAACAGGAUUGGUUGUGUGGGUGCAGCAAAUGAGAAGUGAAGGCAAACAAGAUGAAGUAUUUGAUCCUCUCUUGAGAGGAAACGGCUUUGAAGAAGAGAUGCUGCAGGUGCUUGACGUGGCCUGCAUGUGCGUCAACCAGAACCCUUUCAAGAGACCAACAAUUAAGGAAAUAGUUGACUGGCUCAAGAAUGUAGGGACCAACCGGCAGACAACAAAAUAA